AGCACAGGAAGGGAAGGAACGAAGGGAAGGAGCGACUGAUCCCGUGACUUACCCGUGACUUACCCGUGACCCAUCCCACCUCCCGUCGCACUCGCACAAUCCCCCCCAAUCGGGAAAUGUCACUCACUACCACGCCCAUAGCUUUCCAGCCAACCCACCUUACCAAACAACGUAUUCGCACCAUCACCCAAAUAACCCUCAAAACGCGAGACACAAGCCCCAUCAAAAAUGCUUAACCCGCGCGUCAUCCACCCCCUCAUCUUAUAUCCCCCCAAACCGGUAAAGUCAUGAUCGCGUUUUGUGGCCUUGUAGGGCGAUCAAGGUGACAGACCCGCCGCAUGGCAGGCGGUUGUGGUGCUCGCGAAGCGAUACGAUUGGUUGAUGUCCCGAUCGGGAGCGUUGAACGAGGGAGCGACGGCGAGGCUCUGGGUGAGGCAGGCGCGAUUUUUGCACUGCCGUAACGGUGUUUUGAGGGGGUUUGGGCGUGGAUGGGAGGAGGGGGGGAUUGUAUAAGUAGAUGGGGUGUGUCCCCGUUUGGUGAGGUUGUGUUAGAUAAGUUUAUACAAUACAACAUUCCUACACUCAGGUUCCAGGUUUAUCACCGGUUCUAUCAACGCCUUUUCCUCUCGUCGGAUCUUUCGUUUGUACUAUCAUCUCCAGUCCGUGACUGCACUUUCCCACCGAAUCCAAGUCUCGAAAGAGCACCGUUUCCACCAUGGAAGACGGAAAAUAUGUCGACGGCAGCCUCUGGUACUACGCCCCCAACAAAAUUGCCCCGAUCGUCUUCACAGUCCUCUUCACCCUCUCCGGCGCCCUCCACUUCUACCAAUCCUCCCACCACUCCUCCUGGCGCAUAACCUGGAUCUACUCCUGGUCCUCCCUCCUCUUCAUCGCCGGGUACGCCCUCCGCACCGCCGGCGCCUACCACUAUUCCAACAUCAACCUCUUCAUUUCCUCCCUAGUCCUCCUCUACGCCGCCCCCCCUCUCUACGAACUAGGGAACUACCUCGUCCUCUCCCGCUGCCUACACUACAUGCCCCACCUCUCCCCGCUGCACCCGCACCGCACACUAACCCUCUUCCUCGGGCUCUCCGUCGGGGUCGAAGUCCUGACUGCGAAUGGCGCCGCGCAGUCCAUCACGGGGAGUACGGUGGCGAAGCAGGAUACGGGGAAGGCGUUGUUGAAGGCAGCGCUGGUGCUGCAGUUGGGGGUUAUGGGGUUGUUGCUUGCGGUGGCGGGGACGUAUCAUCGGCGGGCGGCGAGGGCGGGGAUAUUGGCCAGGCAUGAGGGGAAGGCGGAUAUCAGGAAUGUGCUCAUCACGUUGUACUGCUCCUGCGGUCUCAUUACUGUUCGCACUAUCUAUCGGACGGUGGAGUAUUUCUUCGCUGCUGCCCUACACCCGCCCUACGACGCUGGGGAGGUUAUUUCGCCAUUGAUUCGGUAUGAGUGGUUCUUCUGGGUCUUCGAGGGCAUGCUCAUGAUUGCCAACUCUGCGUUGUUGAACUGGCGACACCCGGGGAAGUAUUUGCCGAAGAGGAAUAAUAUUUUCCUGAGACCGGAUGGGACGGAGAGGGUGGGAGAGGAGUUUAAGGAUCAGAGGCCGGCGCUGUUGGUGGUGUUUGAUCCGUUGGAUUUGAUCGGGUUGGUGUUGAGGAGGGAUAAGAAGUGGUGGGAGGAUGAGGGGUUGCCGACGGUGGCGGAGGAGGAGGCGAGGAGGGCGGGGGAGGGGAGGGAAGGGGGGGAGCGGGGGAAGGAGAGUAGUUCGACGAGGAGUUGAGAGGGGAAAAAGGAGAGUAGUUCGACGAGGAGUUGAGGGACGGGAGAAAGGAGACUAGUUUUGACGCGGAGUUGAGGCGUCUGUCUGAUCAGUCACUUUGGGUCGUGGUCUCUUUCCAUUUUGGGAUUUGGGGGCUUUUACUUUCGUUUGUUAUUUGCGACGAGGUUCGAGCGUGUCAGGGGGCGUUUCAUUUGGUGUCGGCCUUUGGAUUAGAGGUAUAUAUAGAUGGUAUGUAAUACGUAGGAGAUUCCUGGAUAAAGAUAGGUGGUGACGGGAUGGGCCGUGCAGUUAGUUAUAGAGCGAGCAGUACGGAUUGGACAGAAGAUACCAUAUGAUACAAUUACA